CAGCGACCAACAAGCCGAAUAUCGCAAAAACUUCUAUGUUUCUAUAGGCCUGCUCGACACACAAUUGAUCUGCUGCUUCACACAUUCUCCGACGAUCCUGCCCAACCGUCCUACAGCAGUACAAGAUGCCCCCACUCUAUCCCUGGGUUAUUGCUAAUUGGCAGCUGGGAGACAAGCUAGGCUCUGGCUUUUCUGGGGCUAUCUUCAAGGCUCGCAAUGUGCAUACUCAAGAGGUCAAGGCGCUCAAGAUACAGGACAAGAACCACGAAUGCCCCACGAAUCGCUACGAACGACAUAUAUACCCUCACAUCCAAGGAGGGAAAGGUAUGCCCACACUGUGGGCUUCUGGUAUAGAAGGACCUUGGGACUACCUCGUCAUUGACUUGCUCGGCCCAAGUUUGGACAGCCUAUACAGGCAGAGCGGGAAAGCUGUUAUGGACCUGGGAAGUGUGUGCCAGAUCGCCAUGCAAGUAAUUGCCAGGCUAGAGUUCAUGCACGCGAAAGGUGUUCUCCACCGCGACAUUCAGCUGGGGAACUGCGUGGUCGGAUUACCGCCCAAUCACGAAACAAUCUACAUGAUCGACUUCGGAUUCUCUAAAUGCUAUAGGGAUCCUAAAACGAAACGACACAUAUCCGACGAUGACAAGAAACGAUGUUUUGUGGGCAACUAUUGGUUCAGUUCGGUAAAUGUCCAUUGCCGAGGGAAGGUACCCUCCCGAAGAGAUGACCUAGAAGCAUGCGCCCUAAUGCUAAUUCAUCUCUUGACGCCGGGGGGCUUGAGCUGGACACGUAACGGUGUACCCAAGACCGACGCAGCCCACGACCGUAUAAUCCGCGAGAAGCGAAGAGCUCGCCCCGAAGAGCUGUGUAGAGGCCUUCCGGCACAGUUCGAGGAAUUUCUCCGAUAUUGCAGAAGACUCAACUUCACAGAGGGCCCGGAUUAUACCAAGUGGAUCGAGGAAUUCAGAGAGCUCGCCUUGGAACAUGGCUAUCAAGGGGAUGACCGCUUCGUAUGGCCACCACCGGCUCCUGUCACCCAAGUACCUCGUUCCCCUGCCAAACAACCGCGUCCCUCCCAUGCGCCAGACGAGGUUGAGAGAAUUCUCCACGAUCUUGCGAACCUUAACCUGGGCAAUCGUCCUGUUCUGGGCAAUCGCACGAACAUACUAAGCCCUACCACGCAGGGCGUCGCAGCCACAGAGGUACAGAAGGCUGCAGCACCCUCCAAGGACGAAGUCAUCGUAAUCAGCGAGACGUCGGAGGAUACUCGCCCAAGGCAUCAAACUUCCAAGAUUUCUCAGAUCGCCUCUCUAAGAAUAGCUGUGACAAAAGCGUCCGACAACGCUGCACUAUCCGCUCUUGUCGCUGACUUCGUGGCAGUUCUCAAGACUCAUACGUCUAAGGCUCUCACAAAGCAGGGGUUUGCGUUCUUGGAAGCCCUGUACAAACAGCUCGCCGACCCUUCCGUAUUCAUCGCUCCUCUCAGGACCUCUCGCAAUUCUGAUACGCACGACAGUUCGGCUCAGGAGCCGAAGCACGUACGGAUGAGCAAGUUGAUUAAGCUGAGACAAGAAGUGGAGAAGGCGACUAACAAUCGUGCACUUGCCAAGCUGGUGCAGGAUUUCGGCGCCUUGACGGAUAGGAGUAACGGCCGGACAGUGACGAAGGACGGCUUGGCAUUCCUGGAGGGACUGUCCAGGAGGCUCGAAGCACUUCAGUGAUGACCAGAUGUAUAAACGUUCGCCAGCCGUGGAAAACUCCUGCGUUCUAUCUGAAGCACGUUCAUUUGGCCAAUCGGCGCUAACAACCCCAGUGUAUCCUAUCUUAUGUUCGUCCCCACAUCUGUUAUCAUUCAUCUUGCUUGAUUCAUCACCAUAAAGGACUUCUUGUAUUGGACCUCCGUUAUUGUAAUGCUUCCGAAAACAUAAUGCCGACCUUUUCAAAUG